GUAUUGAGUUACCCGAAGGUACAGAUGCUUGAAAGUGCAAACUACCAGACUCGGGAACAGCUUCAUCCCCUCUGUUAUCAGGCUUCUGAACGGUCUUUUCAAAAGCUAAGAUAGAUACGAGUGGAAUCUGGCAAAUUCAGGACCAUCCAACUGAGCGGUGAACGGAAUGCAUUAGAGAGCUUCAUUAGCUGCCGCCAUGUUAACACGACAUGCGUUGGAGAAAGUGAAGUAUUUUGUUAUCCACCAGCCCCAACUGGUUGUGUUUAUAUUGUGCGUUAGCUCACUGGGUGUCGCAUUCUUCAGCCUGGGGAUAUACAUCCGGUCACAUGAAAUCACAAACCCUGACGUGCCUCAGGUCUGGAAUACAGUCCUUGAGUCUCUCGGGAAACUGAAAUUCUGUCCAUUUAAAAAUGAAAGCUCAGAAGGUCUACCUGCCCUUGUGGGACAUGGUUCGGUAAGGAGGAGACCAGACCCAGAACCAUUAGUUCAUACCACAACAGGGCAGCCUUCCACCCCUGUUUCUACACCCGGUGUACCAGUCAGCAUCUCUCUGCUGGUGCCCAUGAGGUUUGACUUAAGGAAACCAUUCAAAAGAUUGUAUGACAACACAACUCAUCUUCAGGCUGUGGUGCCUGGAAAUCUGCUGGGACUCGGAGAUUCAAAGGAGCCGAUUAACGUCAUGCUCAUGUCACCAUGGAUACCUGAACAUUACCUUUCACGAGUAAAUUUCACGAAUACCAAGAGUCCCCUCACCUGCAUCGUAUUGACUGGAGCGGCACAUGUCCUGCCCCAAGCAAGGUACUUUCCUUCCUGUAACCUGGACAAUCUCACUGGUGCGUCUCUGUACGAGGCCACAUUCGCAGAGAGGUCAGAGAAGGCAUUUUCAAAAGGUCACACUUCUGCUGAGUGCUACACAGCACAGUACAUGCCUGAGCCCAAGUUCACCAUUCUGCUGUCGGAGGAAGAUCGGAUUCUCUGCAGCCAGCAUUUACUGAAUACAAGUUAUGUUCUAAUUCUGCUGGCUCUCAUUAUCUUCUGUGUAUCUGUGGCAGCCGGGCUGAGAAAGAAAGUGAGGCACAAAGAGACAAACUUACACAAGGUCCAUCUUCUGGAAAUGUGAUCUUUGACCAAACUUGUGUAGAGAAAUAUUGGGAUCCAUGAGGAGAAUGGAGAAUUUUUCAUCUUGGUAUCUCUUGUGAAACCCUCCAAAGGAAAAUAUACAUAGCAAUGAGCUAAAUCUCAUAUUAAAUUUGUGCUCUUCCUUUGAAAACAAUUAAUUUUGGAACUAUUGCUAUUUCCUUUCACAAAUGAUAUUUAUUUCUUGUGGCAUGAUUGUUAUUUAAGAGGAGGUGGAAUUUUUUUAAUUGUGUAAAAUCCGCUGGUCAUCCGCCAAUUGUAAGACUUGGCAAACAUCUUUACAAAUGUCUGUAAUAACUUACAGUAUACUUUAAAAAUGGUCUAUUUUCCAUUUACUGUUUUAAAAAAGGGUGCUGCAUUGAGGUGAUGUUUUAAGCAUUUGUUAAUUUGUUAACUUUGUUUGUUGGUUUAAAUGUAAUAUUAUUUAAAGAACUUUGCUGUUCCUUGUACUGAUGGGAUUUAUUUUGAAUGUCUGAGAACAUCCCAGAUAAUUAUUAUCAGAAAUUUGCAAAUGUCAGGUGUCUGCCAAAGUAUUCAUGGACAUCAGCCUCAGGCAAGGUUGUCCUGAUGGGGGAAUAAAUGUAAUCAAAUAAAAUGGCUCGAGGCA